AUGUCGACCGGGGCUCGUGUAUUUUUCGUUAGUUCAAUUGUCAUAACUGGAGUCACUGUAUUCGCUGUGAAUUAUUAUUUAACUGACGAAAAAAAAAGAAAACGUGCAAAUAUUCUAGCAGAUAUAUCUCGUCGAGAAGAACAACGCCGAUUGAAUAUUGAACAAUAUGAAAGACAAUUAAAAAUUGAUGAACAGCUUCGUUUAAGGGAUAAAUAA